GGGAAGAGGAGGGUGAGGGGUACCCACAAAGAUGUUGCGUGAUUUUUUUGGACAUUUAUUUAUUUGAAUAAAAAUGGCCGCCGCAGAGAGCGGAGUGGAGAGACUAGGUGAGGACAAGAAUGAAGACCAGGAGGCCUCAAAAGACAAGACACAGAAACAGAAGAAAAACAAGAGAGAAGUUCAGAAUGUGGAGAAACUGGAGGCCACUGUGUCUGUUCCUCCACCCGCAGCCCCCUCCACAGCGGUGGAUGACGGACAACAGACAGAGGCAGGAAAAUCCGAACCCACUGACCCUGAAGUUGGAGCUGCUCUCAGCGCUCCGGAAUCUUCUGCAUCAGCCAAGCAGCGGCGUUCCAUCAUUCGGGACCGAGGCCCGCUGUAUGAUGACCCUUCACUGCCUCUAGGUUGGAAGCGCAAGCUGAAACAGCGCAAGUCUGGCCGAUCUGCUGGCAAAUUUGAUGUCUACCUUAUCAACCCAGAAGGGAAAGCCUUCCGUUCCAAAGUCGAGCUCAUGGCAUACUUCCAAAAGGUGGGCGAUACCUCCACGGACCCCAAUGACUUUGACUUUACGGUCACGGGCCGAGGGAGCCCCUCUCGCAGAGAAAAGAGACCACCAAAGAAGCCUAAAGUGGCAAAACCCACCGGUCGCGGGAGGGGGCGGCCAAAAGGCAGCGGCAAGAUACGGCCGACCACAGAAGGGGUGGCAGUAAAGCGUGUUGUAGAAAAGAGUCCUGGGAAACUCCUUGUGAAGAUGCCUUUUGUGACCCCUAAAACUGAAGCAGGGGCUCCCUUGGGGCAAGCGGCAGUUGCCAAAGUGCACAGAGGGCGCAAGAGAAAAUUGGAAAAGAAGCCACCAAGUACUCCCAAAAAACGAGGCCGUAAGCCAGCAGCUGUAUCUCAGUCGGCAGCAGGGACUGGCUCUAGUGCAGCUUAUGUCGCUGCCGCCAUUCUCAGCGCAGAGGCCAAGAAAAAAGCUCAGAAGGAGUCUUCUGCAAAGCCUGUUCAGGAGAGGGCGCUUCCAAUCAAGAAGCGCAAAACACGAGAGACUAUGGAGGAUCUGGAGGGAUCUACCACCUCUACAACCGAGAUGUCAGCACUAAGUAGUGGGACUGGGGUAGCAAAACGACUGACGGCAUCAACUGUGACCCCUACAGGGGAGGAGGUAGAAAUGGAGAAACAGAGGCUUCACAAGCAUCUGGGUCGGAAACACAAAGAGGCAUCUAUGGAUCCAGGGAAUGGCAGUAGCAGCAGUGGUACCAGCGGUGGUGGACCAAAGGGUCACAAAAAAAAAGAUCAACGCGGGCAGCACUUUAAACACCACCAUCACCAUCUUCAUCACCACCACCAACACCAUCUGCAGGCAAUGCCACCCUCAACCUACACUCCACAGGCUCACCAGCUCUCCCUGGGUCACUCCAUGCAAGGAGGCCCACCUGUCUCCGCAGAAAACGAACCCCAGGACUUGAGCACCUCUAGGCCCAAACCGGAAUACAUGGUCUGCAGGGAAGAGGCCAGAACUGACAGCUCCUCAAGCAGGGACGCUGAGAACGCUGGCAAGAUGGCUUCCACUGACCUGAGAGGGGAUGGCAAGGAGCUGAGAGACAUUGUCCCACCCUCCGCCGUUCCGAGGCCGAGCCGAGAGGAAACGGUUGAGUCGCGGACACCAGUGAGCGAACCCGUGAGCUGACUGACUAACUGACCAAUCAGCAACCGCUUUGUGUGCAAAGGAAGUCGAGGCUGCCCUAGCGAGAGUGAUUUUCGUUUUUUUUACUGAUGGAAAAAAAGAAAAAGGAAACACAAAAUAUACAAAAAUGUAAACGUACUUAAACAAAAGGCAGCUGUUGUGUCUCGUUCUCUCUGUGGGUUGGACGUGGGGCGGUUAAUUAUCUCUGCCGUAUUGCUUCCGGAUGAAUUCUCUGCUAACCUUUUCCUUUAUACUUUUUUUUUCCCCUCACUAUAUCUUUGUAUUAGUAUAUCUUAGAACUCACCUAAACCCCGAUAUUUCUUUGUCAAAUCUUGUAGGAAAUAGAAACACACUCGAGUGGUAAUGAAUGCAUAAGUCACACACCAUAGUUGUCGUAAAGCAAAAUUUCUCAGAUUGAAAUCCUCUCAAAAGUACUAAAUUGCUUCAUGGUCAUGUCAUCUCAGUGCUAGGAAAAAAAUAUGUCAUAUUACUUUUUUCCUUUUUUUUUCAACGAGACCUUUCCAUUUGAGUCGGACACAGCUGUUGCUGCAUCCCCACGUUAACCUUUUUAAAUAAAAGAAACUAGCUUAACUCCGACAGAAAAGAACUUCCUAGUUGUGGGUUCGUGUUGACCUAUGAAGAUUUAUUGAAUGCUAUUUCCUUUAUUGUUGCUGAAAAUGCUGUAGUGAAAUUUUAUAAGGCUGGGGUAUACUUUGUUUUUCUGCUUGCCGUUCUGUCUUGCACGGACGCGUUCAACGCAUGCGUGCCAAGACUGCUCUGUGAUAGACUUCUACCACACUCAAUGACGUGCACUGUCUGCUUGUCUAGAAAAUCUAGGCUGUACGCGUACAGUCCACUCAUGCUGUGCUGAUGACGAAAUUGAAGUCACGCACAUUGUGUGUGAGAAAAUUGAAAGUAUACUUUUGCCUUUAUUUAUUAGUAGUUCAAUUAACAUAAUCGCUUGUUUUAGUAGUGUCCUAGAAAAAGCAACCAGAGAGUGAUGAUUUCUUUUUUUUUCUUUUUUCUUUUGGGAAUGCUAAAGCACAAAUGUAUUUGUUAAGGAAUAUUGAAAGCACAGUCCAAUGUAGAGUCAGGAGUAGAUGUUAACUCGGUUAAGUGAAUAAGAAAAGUGGAAUGAAUUUGUUGUUUACCUGCGUUUGUCCAUGAAGUACAAUUGAAAUAGUGGCCUUGUGUUAUAGCGACACAAAUCCCUAACAAAAAAGCCUACAGUUUCAAAUGUAGCUUUUCUUUUUGUUGUGUGUGGUUAUAGAUUAAUCCCAUGAGCUGCUGUUCUAAAAAAAACCGAUUCAGACGGAAAAGUUAAUAGAUGGCUAUAUUUAUAUAACGUCUUGUCAGGCUGUAGCGUUGUCUAAUGCAUGGGUUGCUUAUGUUUGUGUGUUUUAGGUCUACACACACAAUAGCUGUUUACUUCAGUACUCUAGCUUUGUCUUUCCUGUACAUAAACGUUUAUACAGCCAGGUUCAGCACUUAUGGCUAACCAAUGGGGGUGAAGCAUUUUACACAUGUAAAAAUAACGAACAAACAUUUAUAAUGACUUGGUUGGCUUGGCAAAAAGUAAGAAAAAUAACGUUAAUCUACACGCUUUACGUUUUAGACCACCUUGCCAUCAUGUUUAUUUCAAAAUAUUUAUUUUUUUAAUCUAAUGCCUACUGGUUUUCUUUCUUAAGGCUGAUAAACUAUUCAGCAGAAAUAAAAAAGAACAUUUGUGAAGAGUUGUUAUAGAUUGGACAAUGGAUGUCUUAGUAAUUACAUUUCGAAGAUAGACAGUAUAUUUGAUUGUAUAUUUGGGAUGAAACUUAAUCCUAAGAAAAUUGUGAACCAAACUGAGGAAGUUCUUCUUUGUUGAUUGUGUAAAACUUUGUUUAGGAUUUUGCAGGAACUUUACAGCACUUUUUUUUCUGUUUUAUUUUUAUUUUCUAGAUGAAAUGCACCUUAUUUUAAAUAAAUCAGAAGUGAAAAUUAAAUCACGUGAAAUUGCGAGAGGCCCACCCACGUUUUUGCAGAUAUUUUUCUUUUUAGCCUUGCACACACUUCGGUUUCAUGUCGGGAGGUAUUAACUCUCUUGAGAAGUUUGGAUAGAUUGCAUGUUUAAAGUCAUUUUAAAGAGCAUUUUUUUUUAUUUUAUUUUUUUAUUUUGCUUUCUCUGUUAAAAUACCCCAAAUAUAUCAAAUAAUAUGUGGUACACGCAUCUGCACGUGAUCUAAAAUUCUCAUGUCAGCCCUACAGUUCACCUACAGUAUAUUAUAUCACAUAUUUCUGGCCAGUAAUGAGGUAAUGAAGGCACUAAAGUCAUUUAAUGACUUUUGACUGUUACCAUACAAAUUCUAGUAAAUCUAGGAACAUGCAAAAGGAAAAGGAAACUUUUAAUGUGCUCCAAAUACAUGAAAGACACAAUAUACCUGAUGGAUUUGUAUUUUCACUGACAUAAAUAAAAAAAAUUAAGGUUAUUACUUAAUCUAAAUCAGGAGAGUGAGGUAUAAAAUAACACUUAGUACUCAUUAAAUAUUUUUGUCUGUUAGAUCUACUAGAGUAGGAUGUUGUUUUUGAUAUUUUCUGUCAUUUAGGGGUUAAAUUGCAUGCAAGGGAGAACUUGCCAGUCAUUAUUCUGAAGUGUGCUUUAGGGUAGUCUUAAAAAUUUAUUAUUUUUGUGUUGCUAAAUGUGUAGAUUAAACUAGAAUCGACAAUCACACGGGACAUUACAUCUUACAUUUUUUCGUUCUCAACUCCUUGCUAUAAUUGUUUAAAGGUUGAAAACUUGUUGUACGUUUCCAUUCUCCUCCUCCAACCCCCCGUUCCCUCGAUCCUCACCACUGGGAAGAGGCAUAGAGAAUAAUAGAGCAUUUACGCUCAGAACAAGAGCUAUGUAAUCGUUUUUAAUAGUCGAAAGGUAGUGGGUUUUGAAGUCAGUGUUUUUGGUUUGAAGAAAGCGGAAUCCAUUCAGCUCUGUAAAAGCAAACUCUGUUAAUUGCUCGAGGUUGAACAAGAGACUUUAAGCAUCAUCAAAUACCAUUGGCUCAUUCUGUGUUCUUGUAAGAGUCUGAGCACUCAAUUUACCAGCGGCUGACGUUUGUGACCUGUCCGCAGUGAACGCCUCCCUGAUCUGACUGAACUUAGGUGGGAGAAUGGAGGUUGCAGAAUGGAUUCCUUCAACUUUAACUGAGCAGGCAAGGCACAAUAAGUACAUUAAAUACUUGUAGACAUUCUCAGUAUUACAGGGGAAAAUCCAGUUAAGAAGAAAAUAAUAUGUAAUGAAAGAAAUGUAACCUCCGGACAUUAAUUGAAGUUACGACAACUCUUAAUUUGAAAUUUUGACUCUAAUUGACCAUAAACGCUGCAUUGAACAGUUUGGCUGCAACAGAAAGGGUAGUGCCUUUAUUUGGGGAGAUUUUCUAAGUGGUAGAAGUGACCUUUAAAUCUGGAGAAAAACCUUAAUCCGAAUGAAGCAAAAUGGAUGUUGAAUUGGUUAAGACGUGCACUGGUGUGUGUUGUAACUAGUUAUUGUUAUUCAUAUAUCUUUUUUGCCAUCAGCUGGAUGUUUUCGUCCACCUAGGAAUGGCGUGUUCUUCAAAACCCUCUGCUUAUUGAACUUCUUGCUUUUUAUAGCGCUCAAAGCCCAUUGACAAAAAUGGAGCCCUACAAAUGGGUAAAGAAUAAGAAAAUUACUUUUGAUCAUUUAUAUGUUUGUUUGUUUGUUUGGAUUUUUUGUGCCUCUGGCAGUGAAACAUGCUAUGGAAUGUCCUUGUGUCCCUGUACCCAAAAAUACAUGCUAUGUAUGUGAACAUGUAUCAGUAUGCAUGAUUGCCAUUAGAAGAUAUGACAUUGCUUGCCCUUUGCUAAUAUAUAUAUGAUGUUUUUAAACAGCGCUCAAAGAGCUGAGCCCAACCAUGCCAACUGAAUCUGAAGAUUUUGAUGCGGUAUAAAAAUACUGAAUGUGCUCCGGUCAAUGAAGGCUGUGCUUUUAGGUCUGUUUUAAUGAACAUUUUAUUUCAUUGAAGUAUUUGUUAACUGAUGGUAGCUGAGUUUUGGCUUCAAAUGCCACUACUUUUGUCAGCAGCUGUAGUGGCUAGAAUAGAUUUACAUGUUAGAUUUAUUUUACUUUUAUAAUUAUUAUUAUUAUUAUUAUUAUUAAUAAUAAAUCUAACAUUGGGAAUAGGCUGUUUUAACUUCAUAGCAAUAGUAUACCCAGCAGAUCUAAUGAGUUUUCACCUUUAGCAUGUCUGUAAUUUAGCAAAAGGAAUACUGAAGUUUUACCCAUAUAACUGAACUACAGCACUUCAAACCAUGCAAGGAGAACAAUUUAAAGUCAAAUGAAACAAGUUUAACUAUAAGAACUAGUUUCCAGAUCCACCGUUGUAGAGAGUUCAUGGUCUAUUUAACAUAGUCUUGUGCCUUGAAGUUUGAAUAAUAGAAUUUAUCUUUAUACCGUAGUUGUAUUUUUAUUCCGAGUCCUGUGUUUGCCUCUUGUUGGUAUUCAGUGCUUUGGAUGUAUUAAGGAUUUCUAGAGAACAACAGUAUGUUUGCCUUGCUUUAUUUUCUUAAUUGAAAAAAAAAAAAAAAACAAUGCAUUGGAUAAUAUCUGGGAGAUGUACUUGGGCAAUAUUGAUUAUGUAAAAAAGCUCUAGGAUCUUGAUGUGUUUCUCAUCCCUGGUAUGUCGAAUGUGUCUCGGAUUAUUGAGUGAUGUGUUUGUUGGGAAAUAUUCUCCAUUUUAACAUGACCAUAAAGUAACCUGGCUGCAAACAUAAUCUUCCAAUCAAAUUACAUUUUGUGACAAAAAUAUUUCAACCUUGACCGGAUGGACAACCAAGUCUAAAGAUCUGCACUUUAUAAAGUAUGUUUCCCGGCAGGACACCCAUUAACUUUUUGUAUGUAUUUUUUACCUUUGUCCAAAGCAGUUUUUUGUUUUCAUAUUAUUUUUUAAUUUAGUUUUAAAUAAAAGGGAUGGGUAGUAUGUAUCUUAAAAAUGUUAUUUUAACCAAACAAUCCUACAGACUAGGUGUCAGUGGUUAUUCGCCAUCUGCCAAGCUAAGUCCUUGCCUUCCUGACAGUGAAAAGUAUAGUUUGUGUCUACUUUUAUAGUACUGUGUUACUGUAUCAUUUGUUUGCCGUAUGUAACAGAUACACAAUAGUAAACAACAUUUACCCGCUCUCUGUCUAACCUGUUUAUUUCACUCAUUACAAAAUGGCAUUUUGACAGAUACUUAGGCCUAUAAUAAUGUAAUUUAAUGAUGUAGUACUACGGGAAUGUAAAUGAAUAAUAUUAAAUCACAAAUUUGUAUAAUCAUUAUUGUUUUAUUAUCCACAAUGUAGUAACGCCUCUAUUUCUGGAGUCACUCCAAAAGUCCAUUGUUAAAAUGGAAAAUUCAGUUCAUGAGUCAAAAGUGAAAAUAUAAUGUAAACAAA